AUGUAUGAAGAUGCAAGAGACGCCACCGCACUUCAUCAUGCAGCUCAACGGGGUUACACCGAAAUUGCAAAGAAACUAUUACAUGCUGGAAGUGAUGUCAAUGCUCGAGAUAAACUCGGUUGGACACCGUUAAUGAAAGCAUGUUAUUUUUGCAAUCCGGAUAUUAUCUUAACAUUAUUAGAAGCCGGUGCAGAUACAGACGCUGAAACUGAACAAGGUCGUACAGCACUUCAUGAAUUAUGUCGGUCACCUCCGCGAACACAUUCAUCAUCCUCAUCGUUAACAAAUAAUACAACAUCGGAUAAUGAAUCAACAUUGGCUGAAAUUGCUUGUAUGUUAAUUGAAGCUGGAGCUGAUGUGAAUAAAACUGAUCAUGAUCAUUUUACUCCAUUAAUGUAUGCCGCUUUUCAUAAUCAUCCAGGCGCUGCACUUGUUCUCUUGGAGUCCAAUUGUGCAAUUAAUAAAACUGAUAAGCAGGGCUGGACAGCUCUUCAUUGGGGUAUCGAUCGUGAUCACUCAGAAAUCGUUCAAUUAUUAAUCGACAAAGGCGCUCGUACAGAUAUUCUCAGUCAUCGCGGCGACUCAGCCGCUUCAAGAGCCAAAUCAGUUCGUGUUAAAGAUAUUGUUAAACAUAUUAAACGUUACUCGACAUUAUCAUUAUCUUUAACCGAUGUUAAUAAUAUUCUUCAUCAUGCCAAUUCCUCUCCAACAAGUUUAUCGCCGACUGAAAUCGAGAAAUUGAAAAAGUUCACCUCAAGUAUGUCAAUGACAAAUGUGGAAAAUAAUCAGCCAUUACUUCCUUCAACAUCAACCAACGGAUCAGCCAUACGAGCCAUAAGUUCAAUGGAUGUUAAAUAA